AUGCCUUCACCACUACGAAUCGCCGUCCUCGAAUGCGACGCCCCGCCAGCAGAUUCAAAUGCAAGAUACGGCGGUUAUCAUGGUGUCUUCUCGCUGCUCCUCAAAGAAAGCGCGAGAGCACUUGGGCAGCCAGACAGGUUGGACCCUGAAACGGGCCUCGAUAUUUCUCGCUGGGAUGUGGUAUACGCGCAAGAGUACCCCAGGUUAGAGGAUGUCGAUGCAAUCCUCUUGACCGGAUCUAAGUACAACUCUUUUGACGACGACCCUUGGAUUCUGAAAUUGGUCGAAUAUACAAAACAGGCUAUAGACGAUCAGCGUAUCAUCGGACGCGCGCUCGGAGCCAAGGUUGGCCGAAAUGACGCGGGAUGGGAGAUUGCGGUAUGCGACGUGGAUCUGACGGAGCAGGGAAAGAAGUUGUUUGGAAAGGAUAAGCUGCAAAUUCAACAAAUGCAUCGAGACAUCGUAUUCGACUACCCACCGAACGUCGUUCCACUUGGAUCUUCCCCUCGCUGCGCCGUACAGGGGAUGUAUAGGCCGGGGCAUUUCAUCACUGUUCAGGGCCACCCGGAAUUCAAACAAGAUAUUGUGUCGGAGAUUGUCAAGUUACGGAUGUCAAUGGGUGCCUUCUCCAAAGAACAAGGCGAGGAUGCACUGGCUCGAGCAGGGAAGGAUCAUGAUGGCAUUGCUAUUGGCGUUGCUUUCCUGAAGUUUUUGCUGGGAGACAUUCAAUAG